UUUAAUGGUAAGCUUAUCAUUGAAUGAUAAUUACUCUCAAUAGAUGAUCUAAUUUGACUAUUAAAGGAACAAUAAAAAGUUGAAAAAUUCCUAGACAUUGCGCAAUUUGAAAAAGCCUUUUUGAAAUUGGUGUAUUUGUAUCGAACAUGUUAGGAACCACAUCACAUUUGGGCCAUAUGACCUUCAACAUGGAGCACUGUGUAAUAGGUGACAUAAAAUAAUGUUGUGCAACAUCAGUGCUAUGGAUGUUGACAGUUGUUUCUUUCCCACACCGUUUUGCAAACAUUGGUGUUCAAGCAAAGUUAUAUUUAGACUGAACAUCUCAUUGAUUCACAGUUCAAAAAGAAUCCCAAACCUUACUUAUCACUCUGACAUUGAAGCUUGAAGUGCAGAUAGAAAGUGGGUAACCAGCAAUUGAAGAGACAAGAGGAGUCACGAUGGACCAGUUCUCCCAGAUGAAAAGGGGCGCUCCACAGCUACUCCCCACCCUUGCCCUCUCCGUUCUGGCGUGUCUUAGUUUUGUCUCCCCCCUACCUACAACGGAGCCCCCACUGUUUGACGGUCAUCCUUUUGUGGGUAUUUGGAAUACCCCGACCCCUGCAUGCAAGAGGCUGCAGAUCCCACUGGACACCUGGUCCUUCAAAGCAGUGACCACGCCUGCUGCUGUUCCUGGUCAGUUCCUCACCCUGUUCUACGUCGACCGCCUGGGCCUGUACCCUCACGUUGACCCCAACAACCAUCGCCAGUUCAAUGGUGGCAUCCCCCAAAAGGGCAACCUGACGGCCCACCUGAUUAAGGCCUACGGUGACAUCAAUCAUUACAUCCCCUCUGAAACAACCCCGGGUCUGGCCGUCAUUGACUGGGAAGACUGGCGCCCCCUGUGGGACAGAAACUGGGGGUCCAAGGAUAUUUACCGUCAACUGUCGAUCGCCUAUGCUCGACAGAAGGACCCCUCUUUGUCCCCAUCACAAGCAACCACUGAGGCUAAGAAGCAGUUUCAGACUGCAGCCCGCAACUACAUGGAGGGAACCAUGAUGCUAGGUAUCAGCCAGCGGCCCAGCCAGCAAUGGGGGUUCUAUCUGUUCCCCGAUUGCUACAACUAUGGCUGGGAGAAGCCAGGCUACACUGGGCAAUGCUCCGACAAGACCAAGAGCCAGAACGACGAGCUUUUGUGGCUUUGGGAGUCCAGCACGGCUCUAUAUCCUUCAGUCUACCUGCCUGCAUCGCUGAACAACAGCGCCAACGUGGCGCUUUUCGUCCGAAACCGGGUUCAGGAGGCAGUGAGGGUGGCAGCUCUGACCAAACGCCCCUACACUGUGCCCAUCUAUGUGUACUCACGCCCACUCUACAGUGACCUAAAUAAGUUUCUCAGUAUGGAGGAUCUGAUCAGAAGUAUUGGAGAAAGUGCAGCAUUGGGGGCCUCCGGGUCAGUGCUCUGGGGGGCCAGUGCCGACUAUACUGACAAGGCUUCAUGUGAAGCAUUAUCCACAUACCUGACAUCCACCCUCAACCCAUACGUUGCUAACGUGACCGCUGCCGCCAAACUCUGUAGUGACGUCCUUUGCCAGGGCAAUGGCCGCUGUGUCAGAAAGGACUACAACUCCAAUGACUACCUGCACCUGAACCCAGACAACUUCCGCCUCCUAAAGUCCCAGCGAAAGUACGUGGCCAUCGGAAUACCCUCCUCUGCUGACCUACUCACCUUAGCAGACAAGUUCACCUGCCAGUGCUACACAGGCAGUAGCUGCUCACCCCAGAUAUCACAUCCCAUGACCCCAAUGGUUAUUCAAGUUUAGCCUCCCUGGGGGUUCACUCUUAGAAAAUCUCACGAAUCUGACAAAUGCAUUCACAGUAAGGGUACGUGUAUAUGAUUGAAGCAAAUAAUCAAGGUUCUCAUUUUUCGAUUAACAGUAUUUUUUUUGAGAAUCCUGCACUAUAGGACUGAAUCACUAAAGUAAGAAAUUACAUAUUUAUGUCAAAAUAAAAUUCUAAAAUAUUUUA